GCAAAGAGAGCCAUGUAGGCUUUCUUGGUGGAGAAGCUUUUCGCAUUCCCAACCCAAGAUUUUUGUUGUUUUUUCCUUCUUUCAUUCUCGGUGCUACUGCAAACUCACAAAGCGCACCGUUCAUUACACGUCUCUCUCUCUCUCUCUCUCUCUCUCUCUCAACACAACUCUGUCUCUCUCUGCCGCAGUAAAUUUCUGGUGGUGGGUUCUGCAUAUUUUAACGACCGAAAUCACAGCUUGACCCGUCGUCUGCAAAUUCGAUGGGAAGGGUUAAGUUAAAGAUAAAGAAACUAGAGAGCAGUGGGAACCGGCAGGUUACGUUUUCAAAACGGAGAAAUGGGAUCUUGAAGAAAGCUAAGGAGUUAUCAAUCUUAUGUGAUGUAGAUAUCGUCCUUCUCAUGUUUUCCCCCACUGGAAGGCCUACAUUAUUCCAAGGGGAGCGCAGUAAUAUUGAAGAGAUUAUUUCAAAGUUCGCGCAAUUAACUCCGCAGGAGAGGGCAAAGAGGAAAUUGGAGAGCCUUGAAGUACUGAAGAAAACUUUUAAGAAGUUGGAUCAUGAUGUUAACGUACAAGAUUUCAUGAGUUCAAGCUCUCAGACGGUUCAGGAUCUGACUCAUCAAGUAAUGGUAUUGCAAGCCCAACUUACAGAACUCCAUAGGAGACUGAGCUUAUGGAGUGACCCAGAUAAGGUUGACAAUCUUGAACAGCUUCGGCAGAUGGAAGACAUGCUUAAGGAAUCAAUCAACCGAACACGUCUGCAUAAGGAAAAUUUGGGAAAACACCAACUAACAUCACUAGAUUGCACAAACCAGUUUCAAAAUGGAAUGCCUCCGUCUUUCUUAGUUGGUGGUUCACAAGAAGCUCAACAUAUAACUUGGCUUUUCAAUGGCGACAAUCAGCACAUGAUAUUACCGAAUGAGCAGAACUAUCUGCCACAUAGAGGUGUGGAGUGCUCAACAAAUUCCACAGUUCCACAUUAUACUAGUUACUUUGGCACUGGGACUAGCACUAGCUCUAGCACCGGAAAACAAUCUGAGGCUGGUGAUCCAUUACAGCUAGAUACUAUGGGACAAAUUUCUAAUAUGGAAGGGGGCGGUGGCUUCAAUGGGUUUGACAUUAAUGCUUGUUUAAGUACGGAAUCUGGUGAGCAUUAUGCGUAUCCAACAUAUUGUAGUUCUAAUGUGCCAGACGAUAAGAAAGUGAAGCCGGAGAAUGAAAUGAACAUACCAGCAAAUCCAGUGGAUUAUCAACUAAGUAGCAACUUUGAACUGCCAAGAUCUUUGUAUGAAAAUGAUCAUCAUGCUUGGCUUUCUUCGCCUGGCCCUAGCGGCAUUGCUGUGUACAAGGAGAAUACCUACCAGCCGCAACCAAACGUGAGAUUGUAGCUGACAAAAUCAGGGAAGGAUUUAUGGGCGCCACACACCGAGCAAAUGAUGUGAGUUGUGAAAUGUUAACAGUUAUCUAAGAUAUGUAUUGAUGCUAAUAGGCUACUUGGGGGCAUAGAUUAAAUCUGUAUAUAUACCGUACAAGACAUAUAGGAUCAGAGUUCAUCUGUAUACUAACAUGGUUGGGUUCCUUAGAGCAACCACCACUUUUGUAAAUUAUUACUCAUAGAAAAUGAAAGCAAACAUGAUGGAUUUCUUGA